AUGUACUUUGCCGAGCCGGUACCAAUCGAAGAGGUUCCAGGAUACGCCGAGGUGAUCAAGCAGCCGAUGGACUUUGGCACGAUCCGCAGCCGCGUCGAAUCCUCUUGCUACCUCGAUGCUGAGUCCUUCAUUGCCGACAUGCAGCUCGUAACUUCCAACGCAAUGGAGUUCAACCCGCCGGAAUCGUCGUACUACCAGACUGCCGAGCGCAUC